AUGGCGUCGCAGCCGCCGCCUCCCCCGAAACCCUGGGAGACCCGCCGAAUUCCGGGGACCGGGCCCGGACCAGGACCCGGCCCCACUUUCCAAUCUGCUGAUUUAGGUCCUAAUUUAUUGACAAGAUCUGGACAACCAACACUUACCAGAGUGCCCCCACCUAUUCUUCCAAGGCCAUCACAGCAGACAGGAAGCAGCAGUGUGAACACUUUCAGACCUGCUUACAGUUCAUUAUCUUCUGGAUACGGUGCCUAUGGAAAUUCAUUUUAUGGAAGCUAUAGCCCUUACAGCUAUGGAUAUAAUGGGUUGGGCUAUAACCGCCUCCGUGUAGAUGAUCUUCCACCUAGUAGAUUUGUUCAACAAGCUGAAGAAAGCAGCAGAGGUGCAUUUCAGUCCAUUGAAAGUAUCGUGCAUGCAUUUGCCUCUGUCAGUAUGAUGAUGGAUGCUACCUUUUCAGCUGUCUAUAACAGUUUCAGGGCUGUACUGGAUGUAGCAAAUCACUUUUCCCGAUUAAAAAUACACUUUACAAAGGUUUUUUCAGCUUUUGCAUUAGUUAGGACUAUAAGGUAUCUUUACAGACGGUUCCAGAGGAUAAUGGGUUUAAGAAGAGGCUCUGAGAAUGAAGACCUGUGGGCAGAAAGUGAAGGAACUGUGGCUCAUCUGGGUGCUGAGCACCAAGCAGCUAACUCAGCAAAAUCUUGGCCAAUUUUCUUGUUCUUUGCUGUUGUCCUUGGUGGUCCUUACCUCAUCUGGAAACUGCUGUCUACCUACAGUGAUGAAGUAACAGACAACAUCAACUGGGCAAGUGGUGAGGAUGACCAUGUAGUUGCUAGAGCAGAAUAUGAUUUUGCUGCUGUAUCUGAAGAAGAAAUUUCUUUCCGUGCUGGUGAUAUGCUAAACUUAGCUCUCAAAGAACAACAACCCAAAGUGCGUGGUUGGCUUCUGGCUAGUCUUGAUGGUCAAACAACAGGACUUAUACCUGCAAAUUAUGUCAAAAUUCUUGGUAAAAGAAGAGGUAGAAAAACAGUGGAAUCAAGUAAAAUUUCCAAGCAACAGCAGUCUUUUACCAACCCAACACUAAUUAAAGGAGCCACAGCUGCUGAUUCUUUGGAUGAACAGGAAGCUGCCUUUGAAUCUGUUUUUGUUGAAACUAAUAAGGUUCCAGUUGCACCUGACUCCACUGGGAACAGUGGAGAUAGACAAGGUCUUUGAUAUCUUUCAUGUUUGCCUUCAGUUGAACAAUACUUUAGAGUACUUUUAAAAAUUAUUUCUUACAAAGAAAUUAAUCCACAAUCCAAUGAAAACAUUUGUUAUUGGCUAUUCCAGCUGUUUUGCUGCUAGAAAUAUUAGUUAUACACUAGUAUGUUAGUCUAGUGACCUGGUUACAUUUUACAAGUUAUUGGACCAUGAGGACAUUUGUUUCAUCUAGAUUUUGAGGUUAUGGAGAUUGCUAUCAUUUUCAUCUUAUUUAAAUCCCUAGGUUUAUUGGAAGAGUAAGACUGAUAAACUAUAGAAAGAACAGUUUGCUACAGUAGGGAUCAUUUAUGCUUUUUGAAGUUCUAGAUUAAUUGACAUGGAAUCCUUAGAAAAUGAGUAGAUAACAUAUAAAUAUGAGAACAGGCAAAGUGGCUAAUUUUUUACAACCUUAACUAAACUGAAUAAUAAACAUUUUCUGAUCUGUA